CAAAAUUCCAGAGUAUAUGUAUAAUGUCGGCUGAAAACUUCCUGGUAAGCAGUUCCACUUUUGGAUGGGCGAUGCGAAUGACCAAGGUCCUGUCCGUCAAACCCCUUCUUUGUUUCCUUGAUCAAUUCCGGAGUAAUCUUCAAAGGCGCGGCAUUCACCAACUAAAGCAGUUUGACGUGGCUAAAAUAGCAGGCAGAAAAUGGCGAGAAAUGACGCCGGCACAGAAGUCUGUUUUUAUUGAAAUAGCUCGGAUCAAUUGCUCAAGGAAUAGGACGCGUACACGUCCAAGGCUUCCAGUUGGAGGAGUGAGGCGAUGCCGCAUUAAAAGGGCUUCCAAGGAUUCCAAAUCGGAGAGAAAUUCUCUUAUUUUAUCACAUUUUAUAUGAAAAAAUGGCACUAUAUAUAACGAACAAACUACCGCCUUUCAUUUAAAUUUACAGAAG